UGUCCCUUGCAGUCCCGGCGAUCCCUAAACAAAGAAAGUCACGGGAUGGGCAACAGUCUGAAAGCCAUGGUCGCUUUUGUGCCAUCUGACGAGUGCCAGAAGUACCUCCUGGAAGACCUAGAAGAGAUGCCAGUGGAUAAAAUGGUGGAUCUGAGCGGGAGGCAGCUGAGGCGGCUGCCUCUGCACAUUUGCUCUUUCAGGGAACUGGUCAAGUUGUACCUGAGCGACAACAACCUGAACCAUCUGCCCCCUGAGCUGGAGCAGCUGCAAAACCUGCAGAUCCUGGCGCUGGACUUCAACAACUUCAAAGCGCUGCCCCUGGUCGUGUGCACGCUGAAGCAGCUGUGCAUCCUCUACCUCGGCAACAACAAGCUCUGCAGCCUGCCCCUCGAGCUCCGGCUCCUGCAGAACCUCAAGACCCUCUGGAUCGAGUCCAACUGCCUGCAGUGCCUGCCCGAGGUGGUGUGCGAGCUCAGCCUGCUCAAAACCCUGCACGCCGGCUCCAACGCGCUGCGCACGCUCCCUGCCCAGCUGCGGUGCCUGCAGGAGCUGCGCACCAUCUGGCUGUCAGGCAACCUGCUGUCCGAGUUCCCCCCCGUGCUCCUGGACAUGCCUUUUCUGGAGGUGAUUGACGUGGAUCGCAACUCCAUCCGGUUCUUCCCCAGCCUGGCUCACCUCCCCAGCCUGAAGCUGGUGAUCUACGACCACAACCCCUGCAGGAACGCACCCAAAGUGGCCAAAGGGGUGCGCAGGGUGGGGAGAUGGUCGGAGGAGACCCCCGAACCCCGCAAGCGGUCGGGGGCGGUGAUAGAAAUCACGCUCGAUGAGAAGCCGUCGCCACCUCCUGCUGCCAAGCCCGAGCUGGAAGCCGAGCCCUGCUGAUACUCGGCUGCCCGCUCCGGCAAAGGUGGCGGCGCACUCACGACGACGCCCAGCCUCUGCUUCUCCUUCGCCUGCUGGUGUCCAGGGAGUGCCAUGCCGCCUGGCUAGUCUUCGGGAGUAGGUGCACUGGUUUAGACCUAGGUGACAGCAAAACUCUCUUUUGCAGACACCCCCUUUUGCACAGCACCCAGCACUCUCUCUGGAGCCAAGACUUCCUUCCUUUCCCCUCUCUUCCCAUGCAGGGACCACUCAGAGUUUGCAGUAGAGAUGAAGACACAGUUUAGAAGUUUUCCAUGGGUGGACUGUAUGUACAGACAUGCUGCUCUUCACCCAUGGGCUCGCUCUUCUCACCUCCACCUUGCUAAGCUGUCCAAGCCUCAGCUCUCAGGUGGGAGUCACAGCUUUAAAGUAACCCACAGCAUUUGUGUCAAAUGACUUACCUGAAACGCAGCAGCAGCUUGAAGGUUUCCCCGCCUGCCACAUGGGAAGCAGUAGCAGAGCCCUGGCUGCACUAUCAAGGAAGCAGUGCGUAUGUACCAGCGAGCUCUCCUCUUACCGCUGCUACCUUCAUCCUGGAAAAUUAGUGAUCCCUCUUGUUUUCUUAUUGCCAAGCAGCAUUUUAAAUGAUGGUGAGGAAAGCUAGAGGCUUUCCUGCUUGUUUUUAUGUUACUGACAACGCUGCCUGUAAGGGCAGCUGUACACGCCGAGUUUUCAUGCACUAGCAAAGGAGAAAAUCAAAGCCUGACUGAAACGGAAAAACCACAAGAGCUGUAAAGGUAAACUUGCAUGACUAAAACCCAGGACUGGGAGCCUGCUGCUCCAGGCUUGCACAGAAGCUGAGGCGAACUUGACUGAGUUGACUUCAGCUGGGUCUCUCUCCAGCUUGCAACGCAGACCAGCUCGGAUUCCCUUGGAACUGCACCGAACCCUUUUUUUUUAAAGUAUGUUUUGCUUUAAUUGUGUAACACAGAAAAGAAAUCCGGCUCAAAGUGACAUUUUUAGCUUUUGAUUCCAUGGCACGGAUCAUUGAGUUUGGUGAAAGACAGUUUUAAAAGGGUGGGGAGCCCUUGGUGGCACAGAACAGCCACUUCCCUCUCCGCCUCACUCAUCAGUGGAACUGUCUCACCAGCACAGCCUGCAGAAGCAGCAGUUGACUUCCCAGAAAAGGUUUGAUUCCAUGCCAGUUCGUGACUGCUUAAUGUCAUUUACAUGCUUGAAAAAAUAUCUGGAAAUAUAUAGACUCUGCUAGCACUCGCUGUCUUGUUAAAUGAAGCCUGAAUUUGGAUCUGGCUGGCACCCAUGUAGUGUGCUUACUAGUCAUUAAAUGAAAUAAAGUGUA